AUGUUGCCUCCUCCCAAGGUAGCAGCGAGUCUUCUCUUGGGGUACUUGCUUUCCGCAGGUACUCUUGCUAACGCUCAACGAUUCCGCAACGCUGGCAACGCUCGAGUGGCUGGCGGUGUGGCGCCGCAAGGCAUCGUCUGGGACUCGACGACCUCGGCGGCUGCUUCGACUAUCGGCGGAGCCACUGCGAGCCUGAACUCGACCUCCGUCUCUAGUGUCGCAACUGUCGCAACAAGUGUAGCCUCCAUCCCUGCGAACGCCACCAGCGUCCAGCCGACCUCUGUGCCCAUCAGUUCGACCGCUCGGCCGACGGCGGCGUCGAAUGUCAAUACUCGCAGUGUUUCAUCCUCGUCCAACUUCUCGUCGCUUCCAAGCGCAACUACACGAGGGACGGCUAUAUCGUCGAGUGUCGCGCCCGCGAUCACUAGUGCUUCGAGUAAUCUCCGCAAAAGGGCGGCACAGGCAGCGAUCCCAGAGUGCCUGAAGACCGUCGAGCUGUCUUGCCUGAAUCUGGCAGCGAACUGUAUAGACUCUGUGAAUUUUGGCAAUAGCAACAAUCUCUGGGGAAUCCGAUCUUGUGUCGCUGCCGCCACUUGCUACGGGGUCGGCGAUUUGAUUACGAGCGUUAAUUGCCAGACCGGGUUCAACCUGGCUAACUCUGACGAAGCUAGCUUAGAUUACAAUAACAUCUAUGCCCCGAUUGUUGGGAGUUGCGCGUUCAACCCUGGCGGAUGUCCAAUCACACAGCAAAACUACAUCGACUUCUAUUAUGGGACGCUGAGUCUGAUCAAUACGGCCAAUUUCCCAAGUGAUGUGAGUGUGGUCAUCGGAUUUUGGAAUCCCAUCCUCUCUUGGGCAGCUACUGGGACUACCAUUCCAUAUUUAAACUUCAACGACUGGCUACAUUUCUCGUCGUUUCCUACAGCUCCGCCAGUGAUCACCCAGCCUCCCGCUCCAACCUUCACUAAUGUGCCAUGGAACCCAAAUCCAGUGCCCUCGCCUGGUGCAACGUCGCAGACAUUUAUUCGUUCUAGCACAACUGUGAUUAUCGCAAUCCCGACUGUUACCGUAACAGUAACAGUUGCAGGAGCAACUAUCACCGUAGCACCUGGAGGUACGCCUGUUGGUGGCACAGUUCCAACAGACGUCACUCAACCAGGCGCCGUCACCCCGACUUGGAACCCCAACCCCAUCAUCCCUUCAACCGCCUCGUCGGUAACCUUCAUUGCUGGGACGUGGACGAGUGUUGUACCGGUCCCAACAUCUUCGGAUUCACCAAUCACAGUUCACGGCCCUCCAGAUGAAGACGACGGGAACGAUGAUGACAACUCCUGGCUUCUUAUAUUUGGCUUGCUUGGUCCAAUCAUUGUUGGGACUUUACCAGCGUCAGUCAGCGUUGUUGGCGCUCCCAUUCCUGCACCAACGCCGCCACCGGAUUGGCCAGACGAUGGGUCCUGGGUUCCGCCCCCGACGUCUGGAGGAGGUGAUCCGGACGAUCCAGACGAUCCAGAUGACCCAGACGACCCAGACGACCCACAAACUUGUCAUUUUAGUACAUUGCCGCCUUAUACUUUCCCCUACGACGGCGAAGGAGAAUUCGAUCCGGAAGACGGUGGGUUUAGGCGCCGGGAGCUUGACUUUGGACAGUAUGGCAAUAGUUCUCGUCCGAGAGCUGGACGAUCUCUCCACAUGUUAUACAAGCGCGCCGUACGCAGAAUCGUCCUAGGACCUUGUGGUGAUGCCCGUUCCUUCAACGGUGUCGGUUUAGGUGUCGCAACGUGGUACACUAUCAAUCCGCCAAAUAUUAUACCCGCAGUUUCUUCUUCCGCCACGACACUGUUCAACGUGCCCGGGUCUAAUCACGUAGCCCAUGAUGGGAAAGAAGCCGAGCAUCUCUUCGAGUUCCGAUACAUUCUUGAUUUCUUCAAUGCCCAAUUCACUGCAGGUGAUUGCGCUUGGCUUCGACCGAAUGUUUGGAACGCGCUCCAACCAGACGGAACUCUUACAAAUGUAGCCCUUGGUGCUGCUAUCGACCAAGUAGCCAACCUUGUAUGGGCUGACGCAGUCAUUAACACUGCUAAAUCCUACGUCACUAACAAUGACAAGCCUAACGCGAAUGAUCCUCCUCUUUCCGGUCACAUUGCUGGCCUAAGUUCAUUGGAUCCAGCAGUAUCAGGGGAUACAGCACUUCAAAUCGAGGAGUUGAUUCGAGCCUUUGGGAUGCUUGGACAGUAUUUCGAUGCUAAUUCUGCUGCGAUCAGAGCCACAGCCCAACGUGUUCAAAACAUAUUCGCCCUGAUAACGCCAGCGACACCGGCCUACCCACCCGUUGACACGAGAUUCAACAAUUUCUUCAGAGCACAAGCAACAGCUACCAACCCACCUGGAAAUCCGGCCCCUGUCGUUCCUGCAUGCUGGCCUGUUUACCAUGAUGCUACAAUACUUGCUCGCCUUAACGCCGCUGGAAUCAACUCUGGGAACUUCAUCCCACCGGCCCUUCAGCACGCACCAUGUAACUCGGCCGGGCAAUCAGGUCGAUUUGUGCUCUUUUACGACGCCAUUACUGGAAAUCCAGUAUUCUUUGUCGGAAACCCGAUUUUCCAGAUCGCGGCUCUUGGCUCGCGGUACUCGGGACUUUGGCUCCCGCCUGCUUCCACCAUCUACUAUGACGUUGACCUCGCGGCGGCAUAUGGUGCUCAGUGCAAUGGAAUUCAUUUCAUUACGCGAGGCACAACUGGACAAACUUCCCCCAAUUUCCGCAUUGCGACUUGGGACCAGGACUGCAACGGCGUGAAUAAUGGACCAGCUCUCUCAAACCUCCAUAUCGUCGACCAGAACGACAACCGACAACCUUGCUUCUUCAACAACUUCAACGACGGCACCAAUACUUUCGCUAUUGAUUGCGGUCCUUCACAAGCUGCCGUUCAGACCUGCAUCACGCAUGUGAACCAAGUCGACGGCGUCCAGGGUGCUACCACGACUGUGCCCCUCCUGCAGUUCCAGGCACAGUAA